GAACAGAACAAACUCCUAACAGGAGGAGAUUCAGUCAUGGCCUACGAGACAGAGGAUCAGAAGACUCAAUACUGCUUUCCUAACAUCAACUCAUCAUGUGUCAAGGAGAAACGCUCCAUUCGUGAAUAUAUCAUCAUGUAUCUGUUUUCUUCAUUGCUGUCGGUAUGGAUUGUGUUUCUGAACCUGCUGGUGAUCAUCUCCAUCUCUCACUUCAAGAUGCUUCACACUCCAACCAACAUGCUCAUUCUCUCUCUGGCGGUAGCUGAUUUGCUUAUUGGACUUAUUCUGAUGCCCUUACAGGCCAUCAAACAGAUUGAGACGUGUUGGUACUUUGGAGAGACUUUCUGUGGAAUCCAUUUAAUAAUAAUUGGGCUUAUUUUCUCAGCAACUUUCAGUAAUUUGGUUUUAAUUGCUGUUGAUCGUUAUGUGGCUGUGUGUCACCCUUUACUGUACCCACGGAAGAUAACCACGGCUAAAAUGUUAAUGAGUAUCCUUCUGUGCUGGCUUUACUACUCCGCUUAUAACACUGGCCUUGUGAUUAAUAAUGGAUAUGCUGACACAUCAUACAGAACAGACAUGUGUUAUGGAAAGUGUACAGUCAUUAUGAGUUUUAGCUGGUUAGUCACUGAUCUGUUCAUGUCUUUUAUUUUUCCCUGUCUCAUAAUGAUAACUUUAUAUCUGAGGAUUUUCUAUGUCGUUCAUCAGCAAGUGAAGGUUAUAAACUCUCUGAUGAAGGGUGGUAAAUGUGUAACGGAGGGUUCAGUCAAGAGGAAAUCUGAGAGUAAAGCUGCUCUGACUUUAGGAAUCAUUGUGACUGUUUAUCUGCUUUGCUAUAUCCCAUACUAUAUCUGUGCUUUAUCUGUAAACUCUGUCACAGCUAUUAAUGUUUUAGGAUGGAUUGUGUAUGCUAACUCAGGUGUGAAUCCUCUAGUUUAUGCUUUAUUUUACCCCUGGUUUAAAAAGACAGCUAAAAUUAUCUUAACUCUGAAAAUAUUUGAGCCAGCAUCCUCUCUGAUCAAUAUUUUUAAGUGAAGAUGAAUUGUAUUUAAAGUGGUAAAGCUGUUUCUCAAAGGUUGAUAUUAUUAUUUGUGAUUCUAUUAAUACUGUAAAUUAAUAUAUAACAUAUGAUAAUAAUCACAUUUAAACAUAAGUCAAACUUAUACACGCUUUUAAGAAUAAUAAAAAUAAAUUGGCAGUGAUAAUAUUGUUCCAUUUGUUUCUAACUUCUGCAUUUAUUUCAAUGUGUACAUGUGAGGUGUUGGAGAUGUUUGAGGUAAACAGUAGCAAAUCAA